GUCUUGAGAAGGAGAGUAUGAGGCGAGCUCAGGCCCGGGUGCGGCCGGGCUUCGGGGGCGAAGGCGCUGCCGCUGACACCGCCAUCUAACUCGCUGCUACCGCGAGGGCCGGCGCGCGGAUGGUGCCGGUGCGGCUCGGGUGUUGAUCCGCGUGUCCCCUCCCCCUCUUCCCCUCCCCCACACGGUGGUCUCCUCUCCUCCCCCGGCCCGGCGGAGCCAUGUCUCGGGGUGGCUGCUGCCCACACCUGUUGUGGGACGUGAGGAAAAGAUCCCUCGGGCUGGAGGACCCGUCCCGGCUGCGGAGCCGCUACCUGGGAAGAAGAGAAUUUAUCCAAAGAUUAAAACUUGAAGCAACCCUGAAUGUGCAUGAUGGCUGUGUUAAUACGAUCUGUUGGAAUGAGACUGGAGAAUAUAUUUUAUCUGGCUCAGAUGACACCAAGUUAGUAAUUAGUAAUCCUUACAGCAGAAAGGUUUUGACAACAAUUCGUUCAGGGCACCGAGCAAAUAUAUUUAGUGCAAAGUUCUUACCAUGCACAAAUGAUAAGCAGAUUGUAUCCUGCUCUGGAGAUGGAGUAAUAUUUUAUACCAAUGUUGAGCAAGAUGCAGAAACCAACAGACAAUGCCAAUUUACGUGCCAUUAUGGAACUACCUAUGAGAUUAUGACUGUACCUAAUGACCCGUAUACUUUUCUCUCUUGUGGUGAAGAUGGAACUGUUAGGUGGUUUGAUACACGCAUCAAAACUAGUUGCACAAAAGAAGAUUGCAAAGAUGAUAUUUUAAUUAACUGCCGACGUGCUGCCACAUCUGUAGCUAUUUGUCCACCAAUACCAUAUUAUCUUGCUGUUGGUUGUUCUGAUAGCUCAGUACGAAUAUAUGAUCGGCGAAUGCUGGGUACAAGAGCUACAGGGAAUUAUGCAGGUCGAGGAACUACUGGAAUGGUUGCCCGUUUUAUCCCUUCCCAUCUUAAUAACAAGUCCUGCAGGGUGACAUCUCUGUGUUACAGUGAAGAUGGUCAAGAGAUUCUUGUUAGUUACUCUUCAGAUUACAUAUAUCUUUUUGACCCCAAAGAUGAUACAGCACGAGAACUUAAAACUCCUUCUGCAGAAGAGAGAAGAGAAGAGUUACGGCAGCCUCCAGUUAAGCGUUUGAGACUUCGUGGUGAUUGGUCAGAUACUGGACCCCGAGCAAGGCCUGAGAGUGAACGAGAAAGAGAUGGAGAGCAAAGUCCCAAUGUGUCAUUGAUGCAGAGAAUGUCUGACAUGUUAUCAAGGUGGUUUGAAGAAGCAAGCGAAGUCGCACAAAGCAAUAGAGGACGAGGAAGAUCUCGACCCAGAGGUGGAACUAGUCAGUCAGAUGUUUCAACUCUUCCUACGGUCCCAUCAAGUACUGAUUUGGAAGUGGGUGAAACUGCUAUGGAAGUAGACACUCCAGCUGAACAGUUUCUUCAACCUUCUACAUCCUCUACGAUGUCAGCUCAGGCUCAUUCAGCAUCAUCUUCUACAGAAAGCCCUCAUUCUACUUCUUUGCUGUCUUCUCCAGUCAGUGAACAAAGGCAGUCUGUUGAGGCAUCUGGACACCAUACACAUCAUCAGUCUGAUUCUCCUUCUUCUGUGGUUAACAAACAGCUCGGAUCCAUGUCACUUGACGAGCAACAGGAUAACAAUAAUGAAAAGCUGAGCCCCAAACCAGGGACAGGUGAACCAGUUUUAAGUUUGCACUACAGCACAGAAGGAACAACUACAAGCACAAUAAAACUGAACUUUACAGAUGAAUGGAGCAGUACUGCCUCAAGUUCUAGAGGAAAUGGGAGCCACUGCAAAUCUGAGGAUCAGGAGGAAUCCUUGGUCCCACAGAGCUCCACGCAACCAUUAGAAGGAGAGAAUGAAGCAAAAGCUCCUGAAGAAUCAUCAGAGGAUGUGACAGCACUUCAGGAAGGUGCGUCUGCAGAAAGCACAGUUCAGAACAGUAUAGAUAUAGCACAAUCAGAUAAGUUUAUUUUUGAGCCAUUGGAUUCCGGUUCAGGAGAAAGGAAUGACUUCAAUCUUGUUAGCCCUUGUGGGGUUCCAGAAGAAUCCACUUUGUCUGAAAAAGGCAAGGAACCAGGAACUUCAGAUCAAACUAGCACUGAAAGUGCUACCAGUCAGAGUACCAGCAAUCCCGAACCUCAAUCACAAACAGAAGCCAUUGGGCCUUUGGCUCAGGAGGAAACAUUGGCCAGGGACUCUGCUCUCCAGGACACAGAUGACAGUGAUGAUGACCCAGUGCUGAUCCCAGGUGCAAGGUAUCGAGCAGGACCUGGUGAUAGACGCUCUGCUGUUGCCCGAAUUCAGGAGUUCUUCAGGCGGAGAAAAGAAAGAAAAGAAAUGGAGGAAUUGGAUACCUUGAACAUUAGAAGGCCACUAGUAAAGAUGGUUUAUAAGGGCCAUCGCAACUCCAGGACAAUGAUAAAAGAAGCCAAUUUCUGGGGUGCUAACUUUGUAAUGAGUGGUUCUGACUGUGGCCAUAUCUUCAUCUGGGAUCGUCACACUGCUGAACAUUUAAUGCUUCUGGAAGCUGAUAAUCACGUGGUAAACUGCCUGCAGCCACACCCGUUUGACCCAAUUCUAGCCUCGUCUGGCAUAGAUUAUGACAUAAAGAUCUGGUCACCACUAGAAGAGUCAAGGAUCUUUAACCGAAAACUUGCUGAUGAAGUUAUAACUCGAAAUGAACUCAUGCUGGAAGAGACUAGAAAUACCAUUACAGUUCCAGCCUCUUUCAUGUUGAGGAUGUUGGCUUCACUGAAUCAUAUUCGAGCUGACCGGUUGGAGAGUGACAGAUCAGAAGGCUCUGGUCAGGAGAAUGACAAUGAGGAUGAGGAAUAAUCAACUCUUAUUGGCAAGCACUUAGAUGUUCUGAAAUUUGUAUAAGACAUUUAUUAUAUUUUUUUCUUUACAGAGCUUUAGUGCAAUUUUAAGGUUGUGGUUUUUUGGAGUUUUUCCCUUUUGGGGGGAUAACCUAGCAUUGGUUUGGAAUGAUUGUGUGCAUGAAUUUGGGAGUGUGUGUAAAACAAAACUAGCGAAAUGUUUUAAAAACUUUUUGCCAUGUAUGAGGAGUGCUAGAAAAUGCAAAGUGCAAUAUUUUCCCUAACCUUCAAAUGUGGGAGCUUGGAUCAAUGUUGAAGAGUAAUUUUCAUUAUAGUGAAAAUGUUGGUUCAAAUAAAUUUCUACACUUGCCAUUUGCAUGUUUGUUGCUUUCUAAUUAAAGAAGUUGGUUGUUUUAAAAUA